CGAUCACGAAUUGAAUUAAACGAGGGUGCCCGUUCCCCUCGAGCCGGCCGCUGCUGCUCCGGGUUACGGCGGCGGAACGCUGCGAGGGCAACGCCGGGUGCGCGUCCGUUCGGUGCGCGGAGAUUGCUUCAACCCGACCUGAAAUCGACGGGAGCUGCACACGGACGGAGGUUAAACUCUUUGAGAAAGUGUCGUCUGUCUCGUUAGGAGCGAGGGCUGACCAGGGAGCGGGUCUGUUGCGUGGGUCGGGGUCGGGGUGAGGAGCGUUUUGACGGGGUCCUCCCGCCUGGGAGACCUCGGGUGUGCGUGUGUGCGUGCGUGUGUGCGUGCGUGUGUGUGUGUGUGUGUGUGUGUCCCCGUGCCCGCUCCGCGCAUACAAAGCCGCUUCCGUCCGCCGCCUGCGAUGUGCGAAUAAUUUUCGUCGGGGAGUUACACGGAACGGGAAAGCUUUUAGCACAUUAUCCGCCCGCAAUUGGGCUCUAAUCUCAUUGCCAGCCCUCGGGUAUUAAUAGAGCCUUUCUCUUCCCAGCAUGGAUUUGCAUCGGGGAGAUACCGAAUCGGCCGCCUCUCUUGGUGGCGGCCGUGUUUUCCACGGCAAAAGGCAGCGAGGGGUCUUCGUGUAAUUGGGGGUGGGGGGAGGAGAUGGAAGUGUUUUUAAAUCUCGGGGGGAAGUAUAAUGAAAUGGCUCUGCCGUGCCAGAGGGACGCCAACGGCAAACCUCUGGGUGUGCUACUCAGAAAGAGCUGCGGUGCUCGUUUCGUGUGCUUUGCAGCACUGACGGAUUUCGUUCAAACGGGUUCGCAGAAGGCGAAACGCUCCGUCCCGCUCGGGCGAAGCGGUGCUGCCGAGGGGGGCAGCGACAAAGAGCGGUGACAUCCCCGGGGAUCGGGGGGCAGCGGGCACCCCAAGCCCGACAUCCCAAGCCCCGGCGAUCCCAGCUCGCGGCCCCGCUCCACGCGCGUCUCCGCCAGGCCCGGGUGGGGCGGCCGGAGCCGGCCCCCCAUUCGUUGCCCCGGGGAGUGGGGGGCCAGACGGGCCUCGUUCCCUCAUCCUCAUCAAAACCGAGAAUUUAAAGGUUCUCGCCGGACGGAGAGAAACCCUGCCCAGCUCGCAGAUCUGCUUUCUCUCUCUCUCUCCCUCUCUCGGGGAAGGACCCCGUUUGAAACAAAACGAAGCCCCACUCUGCACACUCCGCACGUUGUACCGGCGGGGUCCCGGUUCCGGCUCCUCAGGAAGGCACGGGUAGGGCCGGGUCAGACCCGCACCGUGAGCCACGAACAGUGCCGCACCUGCAUGGCAGCCCCCGCCGGGCCGGGCGCUUUAUUGCCCCGCUGCCCUGGACGGAGAGGAGCGGCCGGGCGGCAGUGCCGCUGCUGGGCUCUACGUUCGCCCCAUCCGUGAGAGUGGAAGCCCAAAGAGCUGCCGGAUCUCCUACGAGGCAAAGCGAGAUCUCCUCUGUACAUAUAUAUAUAUAUAUAUAUAUAUAAAAUUUUAUUUUUGUAUUGAAUACGCAUUUGUCACGUAGUGUAUAUAUAUGCAUUGAGGGAGCUCUGCUGAUGCAAAGGCAGCUCCGCGGAUGCUCUUGAGCGAUCCCAGCAGCGCGCUGCUGCCCCUGCAGCUCUCCCGGACCCCGUUUUGAGUUUAGAAGGUGGAACUUAGCUACAAAUUCGCGCCUGCCCUUGACUCGUUUCGGGGAGCAAAGCCGUUCUGUUUAUUUUAUUCGAGGAACUUCAGUUACAUUCCCGCUUCUUUAUUUACGGACAAGUGCUCACAUGGUGCUGUGGUGCUGUGCAGAGCUGGGAUUUGGGCUCCACGGUCCUUGUGGGCCCCUUCCAACUCGGGACGUCCUGUGGUUCUGUGUCUCUGUGACUCUGAGAGCUGAAGGGAGCACGAGUCCGUUCCCAUCGCCGCCCCAGAGCAGCCCUCAGCUGUGACUCUCCUGGAUCUCCUCGCUCUGCGCGCUCCACCAGCAGCACUCGGUGCGGGGCUGGGGCCGCGCUGGGACUCCGCGGGACCGGCACAAAGCACGGGGGAUUCCGCUACGGGAAAACCGACGCCGAGAGCGGGGCGGCCCGGGGGAGCUCAGCGCCCGCGGAAAGAGCGCGGGGACGGCCGCCCCCUGCCCACCCCUCCUCCUCCUCCUUCUCCUCCUCCUCCCGCAUCCUCCUCCUGCUCCAUCCUCCUCCUCCUCCCGCCUCCGCCCCCUCCUCCGCGGCCGCGCCGAGCCCGGGGCCCUUGACGUGUCCCGCCGCCGAUUGGCCGCCGGCCGAUAGCAUCUCGGCGGCCGCGCGUUAAGGCGGGGGAGAGCGCGGGCCCGGCUGCAGAGAGCCGCUGCGACGGGACGGGACGGGACGGGACGGGACGGGACGGGACAGGACAGAGCGGAGAAUAGCGGAGUCGAGCCGCCCCGGCGGGGCUCGCCAUGGAGUACACACCGCCCCCGAAGCCGCAGCUCUCGUCGCGGGCCAACGCCUUCUCCAUCGCCGCCCUGAUGUCGAGCGGCAGCUCCAAGGACAAGGAGGCCGCCGAGAGCACCAUCAAGCCGCUGGAGCAAUUCGUUGAGAAGUCCUCCUGCGCGCAGCCUCUGAGCGAUCUGUCCGGCCUGGAGCCCCACGGGGACUUCAGCGGCAGCCCCUCGGCCCUGUGUACCGAGCCCCUCAUCCCCACCACCCCCAUCAUCCCCAGCGAGGAGAUGGCCAAAAUCUCCUGCAGCCUGGAGACCAAGGAGCUGUGGGACAAGUUUCACGAGCUGGGCACGGAGAUGAUCAUCACCAAGUCCGGCAGGAGGAUGUUUCCCACGAUCAGGGUUUCUUUCUCGGGGGUGGAUCCUGAAGCCAAGUACAUCGUGCUAAUGGAUAUCGUUCCGGUGGACAAUAAGAGAUACAGAUAUGCCUACCACCGCUCCUCCUGGCUGGUAGCUGGGAAAGCUGACCCUCCGCUCCCAGCAAGGCUGUACGUGCACCCCGAUUCCCCGUUCACAGGUGAGCAGUUGCUGAAGCAGAUGGUGUCGUUUGAGAAGGUGAAGCUCACGAACAACGAGCUGGAUCAGCAUGGCCACAUCAUUUUAAACUCCAUGCACAAGUACCAGCCAAGAGUCCACAUCAUUAAGAAGAAAGAUCACACGGCUUCUUUGUUAAAUCUGAAAUCCGAAGAGUUCAGGACAUUUAUCUUUCCAGAGACAGUUUUUACUGCUGUCACAGCCUACCAGAAUCAAUUGAUAACCAAGUUGAAAAUUGACAGCAACCCUUUUGCCAAAGGAUUCCGCGACUCUUCCAGACUCACUGAUAUCGAGAGAGAAAGUGUGGAGAGCCUUAUCCAAAAGCAUUCCUAUGCCCGAUCCCCAAUUCGAACCUAUGGUGGAGAAGAUGAUCUGGGAGAUGACAGCCAGGCAACGCAAAGCAGAGGAUCAGCUUUUACAACAUCUGAUAACCUGUCCCUCAGUUCCUGGGUAUCCUCGUCAACCAGUUUUCCUGGAUUUCAGCAUCCCCAGUCUUUGAGUGCCCUGGGUACCAGCACUGCAUCCAUUGCUACGCCUAUUCCUCAUCCAAUCCAAGGAUCCUUGCCUCCCUACAGCCGCUUGGGAAUGCCUCUAACGCCCUCUGCGAUAGCCAGCUCCAUGCAAGGUACUGGCCCCACUUUCCCUUCUUUCCACAUGCCAAGGUACCACCAUUACUUUCAGCAGGGUCCUUAUGCAGCCAUCCAGGGACUGCGUCACUCCUCCGCAGUCAUGACACCGUUUGUAUGACUGAUGUAAGAUGACAGAAGCAUAAGAUUUUAAAUGUGCAAGCUUGGUAUGAAAAAAUAUAAGGGACCUUCUCAAAAGGCCUGCGGUGGGAGACUGCUGAACUCAAACCAGCUAAGAAAAUGCUUUGUGGAGAUUGAUUCCUCCAUUGAGGGAUCACAAGAAGAGAGCACGCAGCUUGGAGCUGCUCACAGACCUAUGUGUAACACAGUCAAAACAGAUCCCAGAGUUCCCAGGAUUUCUGGUCAUGUGCAGGUUGUUCCAAAGGUUCGUUAAGCCUCGUGGAAAGAGACUAUGUUUAUGCAGCAGUGUACAAAUUAAUUGUGUGUAAGUCUUUUUCUGUAUGCUAGAAGGAUUCUGAAAAAGGCAAUACUCUUAUUCAUCCUCACCUCUUCUUGUGACUAAUGAGCAUCUAAACAGAAAAAUGUAUCCCUGUAACUUUGAGCAUGUUUUAGGCUAUGGGAAUAGGAAUGGGACAAAGUGGAGAAAGGCCACUGUCCUUUUUAAAAGUCUGGCUUUUAUUCACCAAGAGCAGUAUUUUAUAAUUGCUACUAUAAUCUCAUAGAGAAAAUCAUUAGCAAGUAUUUAUUUCUUUCUUUGAUCUUUCUUUGUUUCUUUCACAAAACACUUCACAGUUCUGAGAAGAACUGUGUUACAGGCCGGAAGCAGUAAUGAUGCAUUCUGUUCUGCUUCUCUCAUAUCCUAGGAGGAGCAAUUUAGCAGUCCAAUAAGAUAUGAUGAAGGAAAACACUGAGUUUUAGAAAAUCUGUUGCUUUUAAACUUAGAAACUCAAGACACUAAAUUUUUAAGCCAAAGCUACUGUUUGCUGCUGUGCUUGCCAUAUGUCCAGCUGCAAAUGAGUACCAUUAUUUAGCAGUAUUUCAGGUUAGAUCAGUCUAUAUCUAGACUCUAGAUCAAUAAUCAGUAGAUUCAUACAAAAAUAAUAUCGUGGAGUGUCUUUCUGCUUAUUCUGUUUUCUUGGUCAUAGGUGUUGCUAGACAAGCUGUUUGGCCAAGACACAAGAGUUGUACUUUUGAGUUUUUCAAGUCCCAGUUUCCUUGGGAAAAUAUCAUUGACGAGGUUUGCCUAUAAUUUUUUUUAUUCACAUCUGCCUUAUUUUAGUUAGUGAGAAGAGUUCUCACUGAAAAUACUGCCCGCUUUUUCUAGUACGUUGUGUUUGAUGCAACAGAAGAUCCGUGGAUUCAUAGGAAAAAAUGACCUCUGCAGAGAGCUAGCAUGAAUCCUUUGCACUGCUGAAAAGGGAACUGGUGUGAUGCUGGUUUUCUGCCUGUAAAUAAGUCAACACAGACUUUCUGUGUGUUGUUGCAUCCAAGUUGUAGUGGUAACAUCUAUUAGUAAAAAAAGGACUUGCAAUUCAAUCUUACAUAAUAAAAGAUUAGUGUAGAGCUGGAACAGAUAGAAAGACAUUUUGGCACUAUUCUCCUCUACUCUUGACCAGUGGAUGUUGGUGACAUAAAAUGAGAAGUAUAGUGCAGUCCACUGAGUGAAGUGCAGGGCAGGUCACCAGCUUCUGUUGUUGUCCCAGUGCCUCAUCAUACCAUCCUGGUCACAGACAGCAGUAACAACAUCCCAGACUUUUCCCAGCUUAGGCCAGUGCAUACAUUGAAAGAUAAGGACCAUCUAUGUAUUUUCCAGUAGUUGAAUUUAGGAUCUCGCAAAUUGGCCAUUACAAUCCCCUUAGUCAUUUGCUGUAUCAUCCUAAUUUUCCCUUUACUCAUUGUUGGGCAUGCUAAUAAAAAAUGACCUGGGAAAAAUUGGCAACUUUUGUGCUCUGCACGUGAGUGAAACCAAACCUCUAUUUGCAGUCUCUGGGUUUAGCACUACUACAAGCAGGUCUGUAAAAACAUGAGCCAACCUCUGCAGUUUUUAAGUGGCUUAGAAUCAGACAGUGACCAAAUUGUCUUGAUAUAUCUAAACAUUAAAUUUUGCUAUAGAUUCAUCUGGAAAGUGCACGUUGCAAGGUUGAGCGUGCUCAUGGCCUGUUCUAACAUAAUAAUACUAUUUUUCAUGAAAUUACAUGACACUGAAAAAAAUCUAGAUUAUACUAGAAGAGUGCUGCAAGAAAAUACCUCCUUAAGUAAAUAUCCAAUUCUACAGGCAUAAAAAUUUCAGGGGAGAUUUGGAAGGAAACUUUAAUGUCUCUUCUUCAACUGCUUGACUUCUGUUUAAAAAAACAAACAAAAAAAAGCACACAGCUGUACGAAGGUCCUGUGGUGAAGUUCUUUACAGCCUGUGGGGAAGUUCUGUUUCUCAUAUCUAUUUCCUUUUGCAGCUCCAUUAACUUAUCUGAAGCUGCAGUGAAUACGGUUAGGUCCAGAAAUCAAACCAGUAGCUUUAAUCCUGAUACUCAUGCUAGAAAGGGGUCAAGUAGGAGGAAGGCAGCUUUCUCAUGGCUUCAGAAAUAAGUUUGCAACAGGUAAGUUGGCUUAGGCAAGCUGUUGAAGUUAUCUAAAGACUGCCCAUAUGUUGACCUGUCCUUCCUUUGUGAGUCAAAUUUGGAGAAAUAAACCGUACAAUUUUUAGCCCUUCUCCAAUCUCAGUUCUAAAAACACCAAUAUUUGGCAUGUAAAAAUUCCCCUGGUUCUGCUUCAGAGAAAAUGCUCCAGGUUCUUCUUGAAGGAAUGAAACCCGAUUUUGACAUCAUUUACAAAAAUAAUGAAAAGCAUUUGUCUUUCAUUUGGUGUAAGUAAAAUGUGUUGCAUACCUGAAAAAGAUGGCAG